AUGGUCAUUUUACGAGCCUUGAAUCUCUUAACGGUAGGCUGCAAUCUACUGUACGGUAGAUCGUCCAGCCCCCGAUUUCCACGAGGGAGACUCAGAUUCAGUGUUGGCGGGAGAAAAGUUUCCUCCUUUUUGGUAUGGGGUGGGCACGGGGCUGAAACACGCCUACGAAUCCCUUUCAUAAGCUUGGAAGCUCGUAAUAUGAAUCGUGUCACAGAUGGGAGAGUAGUGCCAUUUGGUGAAAUGUUUCCAGAUGCCAGCUCUGGUGUGGCAAAUAUGAAAGCUGACGCAGAUACCCUUAAUUACCUUGUAGACAGUCCAAAUUAUGGGGGUGGGGCUUCCUUUCAAAAUGGAAUGUUUCUAGACGUUGUGUACGGAGUGUACAUCUGCGGGCACCAAGGUUCUUUAUUGUCUUUACCCAGCUUCCCGGGAAAGAAAAAGAAAGGCUAG